CGGAAAUUGAUCCUCCUCAAUCAGAAGAAUUGUUGUGCUGGUUGCGGACUGUUCAUUGAAACCUCUUACUUGAAACGGAUGCGGUUCUGCGAAUUUUUCGGUAAAUUUUUUUGCUGUGUGUGCCACACCAACACCCUGAUGGUUUUGCCUGGUUGCGUGUUGACCGCCUGGGAUUUCCGUAUGCUCCCGGUGAGCAAUAUUGCUCGAGAUCGAUUAAACCAAUUGCACCGUCAACCGCUUCUUCGAUUGUCUGACUUCAGUCCACGAGUUGUGCAAACUCAGGCCGCUUUGCGCAAUUGUGCCACAUUGCGCAAGCAAGGCAACAUGAUUCUACCGUUUGUUCAAUUCUGUCACAAUGAUCCAGCUUCAUCCUUACGCUUCACCCUCCGUGUGUCAGGCGAUUCGGCAUCCGAAGCUCGCGGUUUUGCUGGUGUUGAGAUUGUGCUAAGUUUCAAGGCUGAUAUUAGUUGGCUUCACUGGUUAGGGUACGUAUUGCGUAUGCCCAAUCAUCGUCUACCGCACCGCACCUUAUUCGCAGUCGCGGCUCCAGCACAAUGCUUACUGUCCUCCUUGAAAGCUCUACCACCUCAUUGGUUAUCCAACCCGGAACUGUGGAGUAUUGCUGAUUUGUGUGCUGUUCGUGACGGACAGUUGGAUCGGGAGCUACGCCAAGCCUUGCAACCUAUUGUAGAUCAUUUAUCCGCUUGUACGCGAUGUCGCGCGCAAGGAUUUGUGUGCGAGAUUUGCCAUUCCGGUCAGAUUCUCUUCCCGUUUGGACAGAUAAACACAGUCGCUUGUCCUGUCUGUAUGGCUUGUUUUCACCGUUCUUGCCUACGAAAUCCGAAACCGGACAAUUGCCCGCGAUGUUUGCGACGCGCGCAACGUCGAGUUCAACGACAAGAACAACAACAACAACGGCAUUCACGAUCACCGCAUCAGUGCGAGGAUUCAGACCAAAAAGGCUCCUCGCGCGAAUUACUUUGCUAA